AUGCAAAAAGAUAAAUUUAAGAGUUCAGGUGGAUGGGUUGAAAAAUUCAAAAAGUGGCAUAAUCUCAAGCAAUAUAAUAUGUAUGGAGAAGCAUCAAGUGCUCCACUUCAAAAUCUUAAUGAAAUGCUGUUACCUGAAGUAGAUACAGAUGAAUUUAAUUUGGAUUAUACUGUAGGCGAAAUGGAAAUAGAUGAAAUUACAGUAAAUAAUACAAAUGAGGUUCAAGUAUUAAUUAAUAGACUAAAUCUUGAAGAUCCUUUUAGUGCUAAUGUAUUUAUUCAUUAUGAUGAUACGGAAGUUGUUACAGAAAUAUGA